AUGCAUCGGUGGCUCUCCUCUGGGUUCAACAACCCAGAGGAGCUUUUUGCUGAAGAGGAGGUCAUUUGUGUAGGGCAGAUUAUCGGUGCUAUCGUGGCUGAAACCAGAGAACAAGCCAAACGAGCAGCCGAGCAGGUGGACAUAACUUACGAGGACAUCCAACCUGUCUUUUUCAUUAUAGAGGAGGCCAUAGAACACCAGUCAUAUUUUGAUCCCAAGAGAAAACUGGAAAGAGGAAAUGUGGAAGAAGGGUUUGAGAAAGCAGACCACAUACUAGAGGGUGAGCUGUAUAUGGGUGGUCAGGAACAUUUCUACAUGGAAACUCAAGGAUUGAUUGCAAUUCCUAAGGGAGAGGCAGGUGAACUGGAGCUUUAUGUUGCCAGUCAGCAUGCAGCUUAUACUCAGGUCUGUGGACAUAAACUAAUGAGUUUAUUGCUCAACUGUUGGCCUAAUUUCCUACUUUUAACAGGAAGUGGUGGGCAUCACUCUCGGCAUUGACUCCCAAUAAGAUCACGUGUCAUGUGAAGAGGCUAGGAGGUGGAUUUGGUGGUAAAGUCAUGAAGAUUGCAUCAUUAUCCGCCAUCGCUGCUACGGCUGCUUACAAGUAGUUUAUAUUAAAUAUUUUGUGUACUUGUUUCUGUGGAAUUCAAAGAUAGUAUGCUAUGAAAGUAGCUUUUAACACAAUGUUAAAGCUAAGUACACUGUCUGUACACUCAAAUUUAACAACAGGACUGGCCGUGCUGUGCGAUGUGUACUAGAAUGUGAAGAUGACAUGCUAAUCACCAGUGGCAGGUCCCCCUUCUUGGGAAAGUACAAGGUAAUGUGUCACUAUUGGUAAUAGUAUUUUGACUGGAUAAAUGUGCAACAUGAAAUGAAAAAAAAUAAUAAUAAGUGUAAAUCAAAAGUUUAAUAAUGUAUUUAAAAAAAAUAAUAAUAAUAAAAAGCAUGAAUCAAAACGUUAAACAUAUUUAAAAUCAUA